AGCUCGCUGCCUAGUUCCUUUCCCUCUCUCGCUUCCUCUCCUUCGGCUCCGGACUGCGAUCCCCGCAUGGCGUUGCGCUUACCGGCACAGAGCGCUUCUUUGUUGUCGCGUGAAGCUCGGCCGCAGAGGCGGACUCGGGUCUCGGCCUCGUCGGUGGCGGCGGCACCCGCGGUGGUGACCCGGCAUACUACGCCUGCUGUGGCGGUCAAGCACUCGGCGGUGAGCGCCGUGUGCAGGCCCUCGCUCGCCAGCGUGUGGCGGGAGAUCCAAGGCGCCGACGACUGGGAGGACCUCGUGGAGCCCCUCGACCCGCUGCUGCGCGACGAGAUCGUGAGGUAUGGGGAGCUCGUGGUGGCGUGCUACAAGGCGUUCGACCUCGAACCUGCCUCGAAGCGGUAUCUAAACUGCAAGUACGGGAAGAAGAGCAUGCUGCGGGAGGUGGGCAUGGCGGAUGCGGGGUACGAGGUCACCAAGUACGUGUACGCGACGCCGGACAUUAGCAUCCCCACGCAGACCGGCACGUGCUGCAGCCGGUGGAUCGGGUACGUCGCGGUGUCUUCCGACGAGGCGGUGCGCCGGCUGGGGCGGCGGGACAUUCUGGUCUCCUUCCGAGGGACCGUCACCAACACCGAGUGGAUCGCCAAUUUGAUGAGCUCACUGACGGCGGCGCGGCUGGACCCCCACGACCCCCGCCCCGAUGUCAAGGUCGAGUCCGGCUUCCUCAGCCUCUACACUUCCGACGACAGCAGCAGCAAGUUCAGCAGCGGCAGCUGCAGGGAGCAGCUGCUCUCCGAGGUCUCCCGGCUCAUCAACAAGUACAAGGACGAGGAGCUAAGCAUCACAUUGGCGGGGCACAGCAUGGGAAGCUCGCUGGCUCUGCUCCUCGGGUACGACCUCGCCGAACUCGGCUUGAACCGCGACGGGUCGCGGCGGGAGGUGCCCAUCACGGUGUACUCCUUCGGCGGCCCCCGGGUGGGGAACUCGGAGUUCAAGGAGCGCUGCGAGGAGCUCGGGGUGAAGGUCCUGAGGGUGGUGAACGUGAACGAUCCGGUCACCAAGCUCCCCGGCGUCUUCCUCAACGAGAACUUCAAGGUCCUGGCGGAGAGAUACGAGCUGCCAUGGAGCAGCUCCUGCUACGCCCACGUAGGAGUGGAGCUCGCCCUCGACUUCUUCAAGAUGCAGAACCCGGUGUGCGUCCACGACUUGGAUGCCUACAUAGGGCUGCUGAAGUGCCCGAAGGUGGCGGAGGUGAAGAAGAACGGCGCCGACCUUGUAAGCAAGGCAAUGAAGUUUCUAAGCCACCAAAGCUUCGACGCAUGGCGGUGGCAAGACGCGGCGAUGCAGGUUGGCAACCUGGUGCAGUCUUUAGGAAUCUGAGGACUGGCGAAGCCAUGGAUCAACCAUGUAGAGAAGAUGACCCCCCCCCAAACACUAACCCUAGAAUAUUUGAUAGGUCUAGGAGGCGUGUAUGAUCAAUUACACACACAUUCUUUGAUACGUUGUGUACAUGAACAGAAAAAAAAAUCCCUUCAUUUUUGAUAGAGAUAUAGAUGAACACUGCAAGUCUGUGUAGUAUA